CCAGCUGGGACUGUGAGUUCCUGCAAAGGUUGAUCACACAUGCACGCCAUAACUCAACCGCCUCACAUUGCUCAUCAUUUAGAAAAGCCUGUUGGUUAGCUUCAAAAACAUGGCGGCCCUUAAAGUAUUAUCACGAGCGGAUAAUGUAUUCUUCAAAAACCUAUCUGCCACCUGCAGAUCCAAUUUGAACUUCACCCAUUCCUUGAUCAAGAUGUGUGGCUGCUCCUUCUCCACCUCCAGUCAGAGAAAGUCACAGUUCUACACAGACCCCACAGACGCUGUGAAGGACAUCCCCAGUGGAGCCACCAUCCUAGUGGGAGGGUUUGGUUUGUGUGGAAUUCCAGAGAACCUUAUCAACAGUUUAUUAAAGACUGGUGUGAAGAACCUUACAGCCGUCAGCAACAAUGCUGGGGUGGAUAACUUUGGGCUUGGUCUGCUCCUACAGACCAAACAGAUCAAGAGGAUGAUCUCCUCCUAUGUGGGAGAGAACGUUGAGUUUGAGAAGCAGUACCUGUCUGGGGAGCUGGAGGUGGAGCUAACGCCACAGGGUACCCUAGCAGAGAGGAUCAGAGCAGGAGGUGCGGGUGUUCCUGCCUUCUUCACAGCUACAGGCUACGGUACCCUCAUCCAGGAGGGUGGCUCCCCCAUCAAAUACAACAAAGACGGAACUAUCGCCAUCGCCAGCGAACAGAGAGAGGUGCGGGAGUUUAAUGGCAGGCAUUAUAUCAUGGAGAAGGCCAUCACUGGAGACUUUGCUCUGGUCAAGGCCUGGAAGGCUGACAAGGCCGGGAACAUCGUCUUCAGGAAAACAGCUAGGAACUUCAAUCAGCCCAUGUGCAAGGCAGCCAAAGUCACCAUCGUAGAGGUGGAGGAGGUGGUGGACGUGGGGACGUUUUCUGAGGAGGAUAUCCACAUCCCCAGUAUCUACAUCCACAGGAUCAUCAAGGGAGACUGCUACGAGAAGAGGAUAGAGAGGCGCACAGUGCAGAAGUCCCUAGCAGAGAAGCCCAAACCAAAGAAGGACUCCGACAUCGUACGAGAGCGGAUCAUUCGCAGAGCAGCCCUGGAGUUUGAGGAUGGGAUGUAUGCUAACCUGGGUAUCGGCAUCCCCAUGCUGGCCAGCAACUUCAUCCAACCAGACAUCACUGUCCACCUGCAGAGUGAGAACGGCAUUCUGGGAUUGGGCCCCUACCCCACAGAAGACGAAGUGGAUGCUGACCUCAUCAACGCCGGUAAAGAAACGGUGACUGUGCUUCCAGGGGCUUCCUACUUCUCCAGUGACGAGUCGUUUGCCAUGAUCAGAGGUGGUCACAUCAACCUGACGAUGCUGGGAGCCAUGCAGGUGUCUAAGACGGGAGACCUGGCCAACUGGAUGAUCCCGGGUAAGAUGGUGAAGGGGAUGGGUGGAGCCAUGGAUCUGGUGGCCAGCGCUGGAACCAAGGUGGUCGUCACCAUGGAGCACUCCGCUAAGGGAGGAAAAUUCAAGAUUCUGGACACAUGCAACCUGCCACUGACAGGAAAACAGUGUGUGGAUCGGAUCAUCACUGAAAAGGCUGUGUUUGAUGUGGACAAGACGAAAGGUCUGACUCUGAUUGAGGUGUGGGAGGGGCUGACCCCAGAGGACAUUAAGGCAUGCACAGGAGCACACUUUGAGGUGUCUCCAAACUUGAGGUCCAUGCAGCAGGUCUAGAAGGCGGGGGAAGUGUCUGAGGAGAGGAACUAUGGCUUGAAGGCUGUGUUAAUCUCUCUGUAUGUGUGAAGGAAGGAACACAAAAUAUGAACUAAUCAACAAAGUUCAUCCUAAUGUUACUGAACACGGCUUCCGUCUAGUAAAUCAUAACGUCACUGAAACAUUACUGUAAUAUCCAUUGAUGUACAGUAAUAUGUGAGAUGCAUAAAUAAGCCAUGCUUAGUUUGGUUGUGGUUGUUAAGAAACCAACAGCGUGAUGAUGUUGAAGAUAUUAUAUGAAUUGAAUUGAAAAUAAUUGUUGUCCCUGACAUAACUGAAGAGGAACUGUGUAAUAUUUAUUUAGUAAUAAUGUCAUGUUUUAAUUAGAUGUUUUAUGCUACAUCAACACAGAGGCUAUUCUCUCCAAAAUGUAUAACACAAACAAUGAUGGACUUCAUUCCAGUCAGUUGUCCCCUCCCUUCUGCACUUGUUCACUCCCCUCCUUAGACGUGCAUCAGCCAGGUACUCCGGUAGAUAGGUAUACCCUGUAAGUAAUAGCUCCAACUAGUUUCAGACAUACUGUGUUCAUAGGUAUACCCUGUAAUUAACAGCUCCAACUAGUUUCAGACAUACUGUGUUCAUAGGUAUACCCUGAAAGUAAUAGCUCCAACUAGUUUCAGACAUACUGUGUUCAUAGGUAUACCCUGUAAUUAACAGCUCCAACUAGUUUCAGACAUACUGUGUUCAUAGGUAUACCCUGUAAGUAAUAGCUCCAACUAGUUUCAGACACUGUGUUCACUGAUGCAGUGAAAUGGGAAUGAAUUGGAGAAGGGAGGAAGCACAGCUCUGGUCUGACAUCAAAACUGAUAUUAUCUAGACUUUUAUUUGCGUUUGAGCCUCUCCACUUCAUCCUGGUUUGGUACUUCAGUUGAAGGAUCAGCCUCAUGGAAACAAACACUGAAUAAUACAGGCUACAUGGUUGCAGGUAUUUUAGCUACUACAAUGUGAGGCCUUACAUUUUCUACCCACACGUUUCCCUGCCCUGUAUGUGUAUAUUAUAUUAAACUAGGUAUGUUACCUUGA